CUAUUGGAACCACACUGAACGCCACAAAAUGGUGACCUUGAUCUAGUUUUGGUCUUGUUCCAGGUGGCAUGAGCCCUGUAUCCACAAGCACGCAGUCAGAAAACAGCUUCUCUGUAUUUGUAUACUGCGUGUGGGCUCCUGGUGUUUGUUUACAACUUGAGGAGCAUGUUGUAUUCUGUCUUUUAUCUUACCUUUGUGAGAGAUGCAGUUUGUAUAGGAGAGGGCGACUUGUGACCCUCCAGAUAAUUGCUGUAUCCUGACAAUUCUCCAUGCUGAAUGAAAUUGGAAUCCAACAAUAUGUGGAGAGCAGCAUGUUUCCUGCAGUGCAUGGUAUCACAGAUUAAAAAUCAAUAAUUUGUUAUGUCUGCUAGUAUACUUGCUGCAGUGUGAUGACAUUAUUUGUAAACUAAAUAUUCUAACUCAAACUGUAACAGAAUUGGAGAAAGUGCCUGCUUUCUUACCUCUCAGGAGGUCUAGUCCAGCCACUAGCAGUGGGCACCUAAUGUUUAAUAAGAGUACCUAAUGUUUAGCAAGUAUGGUUUGUGUCUCAGUAAACAAUUUGCCUUUUUUAUUUGCAUUUCUAGGUGUGCAGGAGUUUGCUGCUAUGAAGGCCGUGGUGGAAUGUGCUCCAUCCGGCUCAGUGAACCACUUUUGAAGUUGCGGCCAAGAAAGGAUCUUGUAGAGACCCUGUUACAUGAAAUGAUUCAUGCCUUGUUAUUUGUCACCAAUAAUGACAAAGAUCAUGAAUCCCAUGGCCCAGAAUUCUGCAAACACAUGCAUCGGAUAAACCGCCUAACUGGAGCCAAUAUUACAAUCUAUCAUGAGUUUCAUGAUGAAGUGGAUUCCUAUCGCCAGCACUGGUGGCGAUGCAAUGGUCCGUGUCAAAAUAAAAAGCCGUAUUUUGGCUAUGUGAAGCGUGCAAUGAAUAGAGCACCAUCUGCAAAUGACUUCUGGUGGGCUGAGCACCAACAGACGUGCGGAGGUACAUAUACCAAGGUCAAGGAGCCAGAGAACUACACCAAGAAAGGCAAAGAGAAGAUCCCACAAUCAAAAUUCCUAGCUGAUGGCAAAGGAAACGCUAAUGGAGGCAAUAUGCAGAACCUAAUUCCUUUUAGUGGAAAAGGAUAUAUCCUUGGAGGAAAAAGCACUCUGUCACCAUCAGAGAGGACCACAAGUGAAAGCAAUGAUAGGAACAGAUUGCUGCUCAGUUUGCAGCAUCAUUCACCGUCUGGUUUGAUAAGAUCAAAUCCUCAAAAUGCAAGCAUAUCCUCACCAUUUCCUUCUGAAGGUGAUAAGAAUAGCUUUGCUUCCUGUGUUACACUCCCUAAAGUAUCAGUUGCUAACAAAAAAGCGUACACUAAUGUUAAUGGCUCGCCCAUUAGAAAUGUUUCUUUUAAUGGAGGAAGAUCAAAGUCAAGCCCUAUAAAUGUUACGUGGGAUUUACCCUCAAAGAGGACACCAGUAAAAAGCAUUUCUGGACCAUCUACUUCAACUCCAAAAUCCCAUAGUUCAUCUCAUAGAAAUAGCAGCACACACAGCGGUGGACCAGCAAAACGGGCAAAAAUUGAAGACACUGCUGCCUUUGAAAAAUACUUUAUACAUAAAACAGAUCCAGGGUUGACCAGCCCUCCUUUGAAGAGAAAGCAUGAACCAAUAGCCUCAGAAAGGCUAGCUACUUCUGCCACUGAUGAGAACAGAAACGUUUCCUGCCCUGUCUGCAGUUCUGAAGUUUUGGAAGCUAAAAUUAAUGAACAUCUAGAUUCCUGUCUCCAAGAUUCCUUAACAUGAUUCUGACAUUAAGAAUACUGCUUUGCUCAGGGGUUAUCAAUCUGGAAUGUUUCAUGUGUAUU